CAUUGAUGGUGAAGAUGUCCGUCAUGCAAAUGCAGCAGGCCAAGCGGCAGCAAUGCUAUCUGUGCGAUCUUCCGCGGAUGCCCUGGGCAAUGGUCCACGACUUCACCGAAGCCGUGUGCAGAGGUUGCGUCAACUACGAAGGUGCCGACCGGAUAGAAAUAGUCCUGGAGACGGCUCGCCAGAUGAAGCGAGCCCACGGGUUCCAGGAGCAGCGAUCCGGCCACACCACCAAAUCGCACCGUACGUCGGCCACCGGCCACGAGCACCAGAACGGCGAGGUGGUGGCCACUUCGAGCAGACAGCAGACGGCCACCCACCAUUCCGGCGGGUACGGGCUGCACCAUUCGCGGUCGAACAUGCUGGCGGAGUACCAGGCCGCCCAGCCGCCCCCCAGGGGCACCCCUUCGAUGUCCCGGCCGCAAUUGGAGGCGACUGCCGAGCACGAGAUGGCAGCGCGAACCGCCGUCCGUCUGCCCACGGCAGCACACUUGGCUGCUCACCAUCAGAUGUCCGCCCACCAUCACUCGGCCAACGGUAGACCCACUGCCCUGCCCCAGCAAGGCAUCAAGCGGGGCAUGUCGGCCACAGAGGAUGACGACCAUCACGGUCACCAUCACGGUAACGGGGACGUCAGCGGAGCGAAGAGAAUGAUGUCGGUGGAGGAGCACGGCUCCUCCGUUAGGCCUCCUCUGACCAGAGGGGAAUCUUUGCCGGCCGUUUCUUUGGCGCAGCCGUUCGUUAUAUCCACGGAGAGGACUUUCAAACAGGAGAAACAUCCCAUCAGGACUGCUUCGUUCGACGCUGGGACAGCAUUCAAACCAAAUGCUCCCGCUUCAGCACCCAACACCAACGGCACCACCUCCAGCUCCCCUCUCAACAGGACGGGCUCCCCCCCGGAGGCCAGCGCCGGAAAUGCCUCCGUCGCCGCCGCGCAGCAGCAGCCGCAGGGGCAGCAGUCGACGGGCGGGUCGGGGCAGAGCCCAAUGGCCGCCCUCAUGUCGGUCGCGGAUAACUUGCCGCCGGGCAGCCCGAGGUCGACGGGCGGCAGUCCGCCCACCAACGUGGCGCCUCGGUCGGCGUCCAGAGGGUCGCAGCAUUCGCCGAAUUCCACCGCAGGUUCGUCGAGCGGCCGACGGUCCUCCGGCUCCCGCCACGUCUCCUCCACCACGGUGACCUCGACGGAGGCGGGGGCGGGCCCUCUGCCCGGCCAGACCGCCAACGAGGUGCUGGCCAACUGCGAGAGCGCCGCUGCCACCCCCGCCGCCGCCGCCACCCUCAAGUGCACGCUGUGCCAGGAGCGGCUGGAGGACACGCACUUCGUGCAGUGCCCCUCCGUGCCUCAUCACAAGUUCUGCUUUCCCUGCAGCAGGGGCAGCAUCAAGCGGCAGGGGGCAGGGUCAGAGGUUUACUGUCCUAGUGGAGAAAAAUGUCCGUUAGCCAAUUCAAAUGUCCCAUGGGCUUUCAUGCAAGGAGAAAUAGCAACGAUAUUGGGAGACGAUUACAAAGUGAAAAAAGAACGAGAAACCUAG